AUGGUCACUCAAACGCUUGUUUCGAGGUUGGAGAUUACAGAUCUGCGAUAUGACAUCACCUGUUACGGAGACUUUCUUCGACAUAUUCCUGCGCGGUUGGGGAGGAAUGAAGCUCUUGAUGCGUCAGCUGAUGCGUUGGCUACGACGUUUUCGACAUUGCACCGACCGCAGGGGUAUCAGACUGUUGAUGCGCUCACAAAGUAUGUCAAAGCGAUAAGUUCGUUGAGAUUAUGCUUGGAGGAUCCUGCCAAGGCGAGGAUGCCUGAGACUAUGUGUUCGGUGUAUCUGAUUAUGAUCUGUCAGGGCUGGUUGGGAAGGGAUGAUGAUCCGACUACGAGUCACGGCCAGGGUUUAGCGUAUCUUCUCAAAGCAGCGGCGAGAGAGAACUGGAAAGCCGGUUUUGAAACAGACAUGCUCUUGACGUUCUGCGUCCCUGUCAUCAUAGAAAGCAUAUCAAACCCCAAGGUCAGGUUAGAAAAGUGGUUCUGGGACAUGCUCGACAACUUCAAAAAGAACAACCCCCCCUCAACGCCCGAAAGCGCAAAAGCCCAACAAGACGGCAAAGACGCAGGCGGAAUCCCCAGCCUUUCUAUCCGAAAUCUAGGCCGACUCCCAGACUUCAUAAACGACCCUGAACUCCACCACAUGGAAAUAACGUGCGCAUACCACCGCCUGUGCCGCGACCUUCGCAAACUCUCCGAGAUCGUCAAAGCAGUAACGUGGGCACCCGGCUUCUCCCCAACACCAAUGCAACUCCGCCUCUCCCGCUCCUACAACUCAGCCUACUCCGUGCUGCUAACAGUCCUCGUAAUAACCAGCCAAAUCAUGCAAGCCUUUGAUCCGUACAACCUCGCUUUAGUAGGCGAAGCAGCACUGUGUUCUUCAGAGGUUGUGUCUCUCGCGCAUAGGAUAAGUCAGUACAGACCGUUGGGGGCAAGCCAUGUUCCGUUGACGCUGGCUAUUGCGUGGGCUGCGACGGAUGAGCCGGGGAUGAAGAGGCAGUUGGAGGAGAAGUUGGAGGAGUAUCAGCAGGAUUGGACUGUGACACAGUGGAUGAAGGUUGGGUAUUGGUGGACGGAGAAGUUUGCGGAGUUGAGGGGGAGGUUGGCGCCGAGGGUUUCGCUGGAGGAGGAGGAGAUGUUGGUCAAGAGGGGGGAGGGGAAGCAGUCUGCUGAUGAGUGUUGUGUUAUGUAG